AUGAUUUUCAACAAUCGUGAUGAAAGAGAUUUAGCCAAUUACUUAUUAAAAUAAGGAGGUACUAAACUAAAAUAGUUAACAAAAAUGAAACUAAAGAGGAGUCUGAUUUUGUCACCACUUCGAACAAAUCUAAGAAAAGAACUCUAGCACGACUUUGGAAGUUGAACCUUCCUUAAUUAAACAGAAAGAAUACAUAAAUUAAUCUAAAGAUGAUCCAAAAGAUAAAUUGUCACCUGAGCUAAAGCCUUACUUUUAACAUCAAAAUGUAAGAACUAAGGCUGAAAAAAUGUAAGAGAAGCAUAAAUAUGAUUCUUAAUCAUAGUCUAAAGCAGAAGAAAUAAAAGCUAAGCAAUAAAAUGAAGCCGGAAAUAUCGAAUAGGAUGAUGAUCCUAUGAAUAAACAAGAGCAAUUUAGAAGUAGAUUAGGUGGAAGAAAAAAAAGAUAACUCAGAUAAUACUAAAUAGUAAAAUGA